GUUUGCUAUGUUUGCAUCAUGGAACGAAUUCAUCGUCUUGCGCGUUCUCUGAGAACAGCCAGAUCUGUUGAACUACCAGCAGAUGACAAGGCCGCUCUGUCAAUCCUGAUGCCUCUUGUUAUGCAGAAUCAAUACAAAAUUGUAACGGAAUUACUUUCUUCUCCAACUUGUGCCUUUGAUAUGAAUCAGACGUAUGGUCGUGCAAAACGGAAUUUGGCGCACAUGGCUGCCAAUAUUGGUGCAUUCGAGUGUCUUGCAUUAUUUCUAAAGAAAGGUGUAGAUGUAAAUGCAACCGAUGAAUCUGGUGUGACACCUCUUCACUUAGCUGCAAGGAAUGGCUACAAGAAGUGUGUACAUAGACUAAUUGAAUGUGGAGCAGAUAUUCAUAUUCAAGACAGAGAUGGACUGACAGCUGUCCAUUGGCUUGCUUGCAGUGGAAGAACCGAACUGCUGUCCGAUCUUCUUGGCAAAGGAGAAUUUGUUGAUGUUGUAGAUUCACAAGGUCAGACUGCUCUUCAUGUAGCUUGCCAGAAUGGUCACAAACCUACUGUUGCCGUGUUAUUGGAGAGGAGAGCAAAUGUAGAUAAGGCCGACAGCCAUGGUCGUACUCCUCUUUUCUUUUCUAGCCGGUAUGGUCAGAGUGAGUGUGCUAUGUUGCUAAUUAAGCGAGGAGCUAAGUUGAUUUGUGAUCAUGAAGGUGUGUCUCCUAUUGAUCUGUGUGUUGAAGGCUGCUACCAGGAAUGUGCUUAUGUUCUAGUCGAAGCCUAUCCUCAACUACUUGCCCCUCUUAUUGGCAUGGUGCAGUCAAACAAGACAGAAGAACAGAAGGUUCAGUUGACAUUAGAGCACGUAUGUCUGUCUAGCGAGAAGUUUCUAUUGCAAGUGCUGCCUGCUUUAGCUCAAAUGACAGCUGGAUUUGGACAUGAACUGUUGAGCUUGUCCAGUGAUUUUCAGUACGUCAUGACUAGUUUCCUUCGCUCAGUUCGUACACUUUGUCAUCUUCAUCGUGUCAGUCAUAGCGCCUUUCGAACACGCUUGCAGUCAUCUACGAAACCACUGGCAAGAUUACAACGUCGUGCUGGUUCUGGCAUAUUUGACAGUGGCUCUCCUUCUCAUAAUCGAAGAAGCUGUAACUACCUGUCAACAUCCGAGGCUAGUCUUAGUGCAUUAGCAAUGAUGGAGUCUUUGUGGGAUUCCCUAGAGCAAUGGUUCAUCUUGCUAGCUAAUGAGGUGAAGAGAGUGGAAGAGAGUGAGAAUAAGGAUAAGAACAGCAAAGAGGCUUUUGAUGUUGAACACAUAGAAACAGAGACUAGAAACACACUUCCAGCAAAAUCAAAAUUAAGUCGCUCACAAUCUCAGUUGGCAUCUUUGCUGGUCCAAGGUACUCCAACUCCAGUACGACAGGCUUUUCUAAGAAGCAUUUCAGCAGAAGAUCAAGUUGCUUUUUCAGUACAUCACAACGACAGUCAAGACGAAUGGAGUGGCAACUUUGAGUGCAGAAGUGGAGAUAAUGAAGUCCCUGCAUGUGGCAACACAUCAGACAUUGGUGAAACAAGUGCUUUAGUACAAAACCUUAUGACAUCAACAUUCACAAAUGCCGAGUCAAGGACUUUUGAUGUUGAUGAGGAAGAUGCUGUAGCCAGUCAGCAGCCUCAGGAAGAUGAAGAAGUUGUGUUAAAUGUAAGUGCAGCAGAAGACAUGGUCUCACUAUUUGCUGAUCGUCUCAGUGCUAUAACUCAUGGUUUCUAUUUGCACUGCUGUUGCGAAAGUGUCUUACUGCAAAGAAACGGGCGUUUUCUUGACUUCUUGAAUCGACAUGAAAGAGUGCUAAAGGUUUUGCUGGCCAGAAAUCCAAAAAUCGUGUUUCAACAUUUUCAUUUUAUCCUGGAGUUGCCUGCCGUUCUUCCAAGGUUUAUGCACAUUGUUAGAUCUCAGCCCUUUGAAGAGAGGCGGGAGUGGUUUUAUGAGAAUCUUCAUCGUGACCAUAUAGUAAAUGGCAGUAGAGAUACUGAACAGUCAUAUCAAGAAGAAGAUGUGAUUUUUGUGUCAAGGGAUGGUUUGUUUGGCAGCUCCUGUGGAGUUUUUGCUGACGUAGAUGUUAGUCGCUUGAAAAAGAAAAACAUCAUUGUUCGUUUUCAGGGUGAAGAAGGGAUGGGGGCUGGUGUACAGAGGGAGUUUUUUGAUCUUCUAUCAAAGGAAAUUCUUAACCCUGAUUAUGCUCUUUUUACUCCAUCUCCAGACGGUGCUACAGUUCAACCAAACAGCAACUCUCAUGUUAAUCCUGAUCAUUUAAGUUAUUUUCAUUUUGCUGGUCGAAUUAUUGGCAUGGCUUUGUUUCAUCGUCAGCUGCUGCGAGUGUACUUCACACGUUCAUUUUACAAGCACAUUCUUGGUGCUCCCCUCAAUUAUCAAGAUGUUGCAUCUAUUGAUCCUGAAUAUGCAAGCAAUCUUCAGUGGGUGCUAGACAACAACAUCUCUGAUCUUGGAUUAGAACUGACAUUUGCUGUUGAGACUGAUGUGUUUGGAACCAUGCAAGAAGUGGAGUUGAAGCCAGGAGGAAGCAGAUUGUCUGUGACAGAAGAGAACAAGGCAGACUAUGUGCAACUAGUCACAGAAAUGCGCAUGACAAGAGCAAUACGACCUCAAAUAGAAAGCUUCCUUAUCGGCUUUCAUGAAUUUAUUCCAAAGUCUUUAGUAUCUCUUUUUGAUGGAUACGAGCUGGAAAUGUUGCUGUCUGGAUUGCCUGAAAUUACUGUUAGUGACUGGCAGGAAAACACGGAGUAUACAGGAGGUUAUGACAAAGACAAUCUAACUGUCAAGUCCUUUUGGGAUAUUGUUCAAAAGUUUGAUCACAAAACUCGAGUUCAGCUGCUGCAGUUUGUCACAGGAAGUUCUCGAGUUCCACUGGGGGGAUUUGCCUCUCUUGUUGGUGCUAGUGGACCACAAAAGUUUACAAUUUCUCGGACAGAUUCAACAGCAUUAAAUCAUCUGCCAACAGCCAGCACUUGCUUCAAUCUGCUGAAAUUGCCGGAGUAUUGCAGUAGGGCUCAACUUAAAGAGAGCUUAUUGAUUGCGCUGAAUUGUGGUGGCUUGGGAUUUGAAUUUGCAUAAAGGUAGAUGAUCUGUAAAUGCACUGCAUUGAGUUCACUGUGGUUGUUGUGUACUACUUUUUUUACUGUGUAUUGAUUGAUAUCAGUUUUAUAUGCAAUACUAGAUCUAGAACAUUGGUCAAUUAUUGCUACUUACAAUUCAUUUCAAAAAUACUAAUAGGCUAAUGUA